UAUCCAAGUUGAAAUUUGAAUUAAUUGGAUUUUGAAUACUGUAUUCCAGUUGAGGAACUCGUAUAACUAAGAUGGUCAUGGACUACAGAAAUUUCAUAAUCUUUUUUGGAUGUCUCGUAUUAUCGAAUUUACAGAUCUGUUCAUCAAUUUCAUUGAAAACCCUCACCAAUAACGAGGAACUAUCUAACGAACAAGUACAAGCUACACUUAUGGAAAUUGCCGACGUAACUAAGAAAGUACUUGCACGAAACACAAACCUACUCCUGGAAAAGAAAGAGAUGAAAGAGCUACUAGGAGAGAACCUCGAAGUCCUAGAAAACCACCCUUACGUCAAAACAAGCCUCACAAGACAUGGCGGCCUACAGACUUCGAUACUAUACUACCUCAAAAAACACCCCGAAAACGCACCUCUUCUCCAAAAAGCUGUCGAUAUUUGGAGAAAGGUAAUCGAUGAUUUACUAUCGAAAAGAAACAACGAUUCACCCUCGAAAGAGCUGCACGAAAAACUAGUAAAAUCAAGAAGUUCAAGUGAUAACCGUAUAUAUCAUAAGAUAACUAACGAGGUGCUGAGAUCAGUUGACAAAAAAUUAGAAGGAGAGGAUUAUGAUGAGUUGGUGGCUGCAGUUUAUAUAAAGAUAUACAUAGAAUAUGAUAUUCCAACCACAUCUAAAUUGGAAAGGGUGUUAUUUAGGAAGAUAUCCACCCUAUAUGAAGAUGGAGUUUUCGAUUAUGUUUAUGAUAAGCUCGGUGGAGAAUUGGCGGAGUUUUUGUUUCAGGUAAAUUCUCCUCCUUAAAAUACUUAUUUUAUCCUAGUAAUUAUGGAUACAAGGGCUACUUUAAGUAAUAAAAAUAAAUAGUUAUAAGUAUUUGUGUAACCUUAUCUAAAUUUGGAAGAGGAAUAGCAAAAGGUUACCUUAUUUUUCUCUCCCUAUCAUUUUUGAUGAUGUACUUAUUAGAUGAAUCAAUAGAAAUAUAAUGGGAUAAGCACAUCCGUUUAGAAGUUUGGAGGAGUGAAAGGUGAUUUUUGAAAAAGGGUUCUUAUUCCAUUUUGUUUCUAUUUGCUCAUCUACUGUUUUAUGUGCACUUUAACUCGCUAAAUUUGGGAGAGGAAUAGCACAAGGUUACCUUAUGUUUUCUCUCCCUAUCAUUUUUGAUGAUGUACUUAUUGUAUGAAUCAAUAGAAUUAUAAUGGAAUAGGCAAAUUUUUUUAGAAAUUUGAAGAGUGGGAAGUUGAUUUUUGGAAAAGGGUUCUUAUUCCAUUUUGUUUCUAUUUGCUUAUCUGUUGUUUUAUGUGCACUUUAACUCCCUUGUUUUCUGAUUAACAUAUUCCAUUCAUUUCUAUUAUUUCAUCCUUUAUAUUAUGAUUUGUUUUAUAUGCACUUUAACUUACUUAUUUAUUGGAUAACAUAAUAAUAUAAGAUGAUUUAAUCAUAAUCAUAAUAGUAGAAUGGAUUCAGUUCACUCCAAGAAACUCUACACUUCUCGUAAUGUAUCAUGUUAACUUUUGUUUGAACGAAUGUAAUAGUAAUUAUUAUAAUAAAACAAUGGUUUAAUCUACG